AUGCGUUCAAAGACGAACAUCGCUCUCGGCCUGGCCGCCACUGGAUCACUGGUCGCCGCCGGUCCCUGCGAUAUCUACAAGAAUGGCGGUACCCCUUGCGUAGCUGCUCACGGCACUACUCGCGCGUUGUACGAUGCCUACACUGGCCCUCUUUACCAGCUGAAGAGAGGCUCCGACGGAUCCACCACUGACAUCACUCCCUUGUCUGCUGGUGGUGUCGCCAAUGCUGCUGCUCAAGAUUCUUUCUGCAAAGGCACUACUUGCCUCAUCAGCAUCAUUUACGAUCAAUCCGGCCGUGCAAACCAUCUUUACCAGGCUCCCAAAGGUGCCUUCAGCGGACCAGAUGUCAAUGGAAACGACAACCUGGCAGGUGCUAUUGGAGCUCCAGUAACGCUGGGCGGCAAGAAGGCAUACGGUGUGUUCGUCUCGCCCGGCACUGGUUACAGAAACGACGAAGUCAGUGGCACAGCUACUGGCAACAAACCCGAGGGCAUGUACGCAGUUCUCGAUGGAACUCACUACAAUGACGCCUGUUGCUUUGAUUACGGAAAUGCCGAGACAAGCAACACGGACACGGGUAACGGCCACAUGGAAGCAAUCUACUAUGGCAACAAUACAGUUUGGGGCAGUGGCUCUGGCAGCGGCCCUUGGCUCAUGGCCGACCUUGAGAACGGCCUCUUCUCUGGCCAGGGUACCAAGCAAAACACUGCCGACCCUUCGAUCUCCAACAGAUUCUUCACUGGAAUGGUCAAGGGAGAGCCUAACCAGUGGUCGCUUCGCGGCGGCAAUGCUGCAUCUGGUUCUUUGUCGACUUACUACAGUGGUGCUCGCCCCACAGUUGGUGGCUACAACCCCAUGAGCCUCGAGGGCGCCAUCAUUCUUGGUAUUGGUGGUGAUAACAGCAAUGGUGCUCAGGGCACUUUCUACGAGGGAGUCAUGACCUCGGGCUACCCGUCUGAUGCCACCGAGGCCUCGGUACAGGCCAACAUCGUGGCUGCCGGCUAUGCCACCACGUCCUUGAACACAAAGCCUCUCACCGUGGGCAACAAGAUCUCCAUCAAGGUGACGACUCCCGGUUACGACACACGCUAUCUCGCCCACAGCGGAGCCACUGUCAACACACAAGUCGUCUCAUCAUCCAGCGCCACUGCUCUCAAGCAGCAAGCCAGCUGGACCGUCCGCACCGGCCUCGGUAACAGCGGCUGCUACUCAUUCGAGUCUGUCGACACACCCGGAAGCUUCAUCAGACACUACAACUUCGCACUCCAGCUCAACGCCAAUGACAACACCAAGGCCUUCAAGGAAGAUGCGACUUUCUGCUCGCAGACCGGACUUGUUACCGGCAACACGUUCAACUCAUGGAGCUACCCUGCCAAGUUCCUUCGCCACUACAACGAUCUUGGGUACAUUGCGAACAACGGAGGCGUUCACGAUUUCGACUCUGCUACUGGCUUCAACAACGAUGUCAGCUUUGUCGUUGGCACCAGCUUUGCUUAG